AUGGCCCUGAAUGAUGAGGGAAAUGUUAGGAGACGCCUAAGUGAUUAUGCUAGGCCUGUUCUUCAAAGACCCGUUACUCGUAUUCAUGCACCCUUAGCUAGAAAUGCGAAUUUUAGGAUAGACUCGCAUGUGAUGAGUAUGUUACCUAUCUUCCAUGGUAAACCUUCCGAGGAUCCUUAUAGAUAUGUCGACGAGCUUAGUCAAGUAUGUGAGAUUAAUCAGAUUCAUAAUGUGUCGGCAGAUGUAAUGAAGAUGAAACUCUUUCCCACCACCCUUAGAGAUAGAGCUAAGGAUUGGUUUCUUAAGUUAGGAAAGGAGUUCACUUCUUGGACCGAGAUGGAGGAGGAAUUUCUUAGGAAAUACUAUUCCGUAGGAAAUACCACCUUUGUUAGGAAGGCGAUGCGUGAGUUUACCCAAGGACCAAGUGAGACAUUUCACGAAACUUGGGAGAGACUUAGAGACCUCACUAGAGAGUGCCCUCACCAUGGAGUGUCUAACCAUGAGCUUACACAGAUAUUUUAUGAUGGGUUAGGCCUGUAA